GAUUGCGUCUGCCUCAAGCCUCUGGUCAUGAUACUCCCGGUCCCAUAUCACCGACAAUGAUGAAUGCAUAUACUUAGAUAAUGAGGAGGCUGUUGCUGGUCAAGCUGAUGAAACUAGAGGUGAAGGGGCUGCCAAUGAAGAAUCCGAGGAUGAAUCUUGGGCUACAUCUGAGGAUACAUCUGAGGAUGCAUCUGAGGGUGAUGGUGUUGAUGAAUCUGAGGAUGAGUCAAUGGCAUUGGAUGGGAUGCCAGAAAAUAUUCCUAGCGCAACUUAUGACAAGAAUGACCCACCAAUGAUCGUAGGAAGCAUAUAUCCUAACAUUGAUGAAUUUAGAUUGGCAAUAGCACAACAUGCAAUAAAAAAGGAGUUUGAAUUUAACAUUAUCCGGAGUGAACCAGGGCAAUAUACUGCAAAGUGUGCUGCUCAAGGCUGCAAUUGGAGGAUCCAUGCAUCUGUGGUUGCUGAUGGUGUCACUAUGAUAGUAUGUAUUUAAUUUAAAACAGCAUGCAUUCUUCAAGUAUUGUAUAUGUAUUUUAUUGUGGUAUUGAAUAUCUUUAUAUUUCAGGUGAAAACCAAUCCUUUUCCACAUGAAUGCUCAAGUACGAGAAGAAGUGAGACUAUCAAGGCUACAAGCAAGUUUUGGAUUUGUGAGAAAGUAAAGGAUUGGUUGUUGGAGGAUGCUAGUGUGGGAGCGAAGGAAUUGCAAAGAAGGAUCCAUGAAACACAUAAGGUUAAGAUCAACUACAAAAGAGUGCAUGCUGGUAGGGAGCUUGCUAUCACAAAGUUGUAUGAUAGUUGGAGAGAGAGUUUUGACAUGUUGUAUAGAUACAAGGCACAAGUUGAGAAAGCAAGCCCUGGCAGUUUUUUCAUCAUUGACCAUCACACUGUUCUUGAAGAGAUAAAAUUCAUAAGGCUAUUCUUUGCCUUGAAACCAUGCAUUCAUGGUUUCCUUACUGGUUGUAGGCCAUAUUUGGCUAUAGACAGUACUUUCUUAACGGGCAAGUUUAAGGGGCAGCUAGCAGUUGCUUGUGCUGUAGAUGGACAUAACUGGAUGUAUCCAGUUGCUUUGGGUAUAUUUGACUCAGAUUCUGUUGAGAAUUGGAUGUGGUUCAUGCAACAACUAAAAGAUGCAAUUGGCACUCCAAGAGGCUUGGCUCUUUGUACUGAUGCAGGGAAGGGGAUAGAUAGUGCAGUGCAUGAGGUAAAUUGCUUUAUUAUGCACCAAAUUCAUUCUAUUCCGUCUCUAAUAAAAGGCAAAAUGAGCUAAUUCUCCUUUCUCCUUUCUUGUAGGUUUUUCGUAAUGCAGAACACCGGGAGUGCAUGAAGCACAUGGUCACCAACUUCAAAAAGAAGUUCACUGGCAAGAUAUUUGACGAUAACCUUUGGCCUGCAGCAUAUGCAUGGAGCCCUUACUUCUAUGAGAAACAUAUGGCAGCCAUGGAAGAAGCUAAACCAGAAGCAGUAGCAUACCUUAGGAAGUAUCACAAAAGGCUAUGGAGUAGGAGUCAGUUCUCUACAGUUUGCAAGGUUGAUUAUGUGACAAAUAACCUUGCAGAAAGCUUCAACAAUUUGGUGAAAGAUUGGAAAGCACUACAUUUGUAUGACUUCUUGGAGAGGAUUCGACGGUGGUUGUUGGUGAAAUGGGAUAAGAGGCAAAGAAUAGGUAAGAAAUUUGAAGGCCGCAUUCUACCUCAUAUUGUCAAGGAAUUGAAUGAAAAAAGUAGAGAUUUAGAUAUGGUGGUCACAAGAAAUGGAGACUUUGAGGCAGAAAUUGAGGUUAAAGGAGGUAGUGGGUUUAGACAUGUUGUCAAUUUGGAACACAAAACUUGCACAUGUAGGGAAUUCCAAGUUUCGGGGAAGCCUUGUAUCCAUGCUAUAGCAUUCAUCACGUCAAUUAGAGGAAGGCUUGAAGAUUAUGUGGAUGAUUGCUUUAGUGUGCAUCGAUUCAGGGCAGCAUAUGAGAAAUUGAUCCCUUCAUUGCCUGACAAGUCACAAUGGCCACAAGCUGAUCAUGGGUUCUUCUUGGCACCACCCAUUCUGAAGUAAUCAGCUGGGAGACCAAGAACUUUGAGGUACAAAGAUUGCACUGAGAAAGGAAGCAAAAGGAGUAGGAGACACAAAUGCCCAAUUUGCAAGAGCUAUGGCCAUCAUUGGCACAAUUGCAAAGAGGGUGAUCCAGAGCAAGUAGCAGCAAUGCUUGCUAAAAGAGGGCCACCAAAGAAGAGAAGGAAGAAAACUAAUGAAGUAACCUCAGAGACUAGUAUCAUGGCUGCUCCAAUAGUUACACCAAUAAUGACAUAUCCUCCUAGUCAAAGCAUUCAUUUCAUUGAGGAUAGUAGGACAAGGAACAAUAGCUCAAGUUCAAGUAGAUCAGUUAGAUCAAGAUCACUUACUGGCUCAAACCAACCUGAGCCAUCUAAUAUGAUUGCAGCCAUGCCAUGUCUUGGAGAGCAAACACCUCCAGUUGCACCGAAAAAAGCCAAGAGCAAGACAAAGGGAAAGCCACCAUGUUCUGCUGUUCCAAACAGCCCAGCUAUGGGCACAAGGAGCAAAAAUAAGAGCCCUGCAAUGGGCACUAGGAGCAAAAGAAAGCUUAUGGACUAA